GAUGGAAGGGAUUUUUUUUUGUAUGACUUCUCUAACUUUUCUAAUAUCUUGCAGCAAUUGCAACUUUUGGAGUUGAUUCGCGCAGGUCGGGCAGAAGAGGCUCUAGCAUUUGCCAGCGCGACACUUGCAGAGGCUGGUGCGAAUGAUCCCAAUGCUCUUACGGAGCUAGAGAGGUCGCUGGCACUGCUAGCCUUCCCUGACCCUCAUGCAUCACCCUUCGCAGAUUUAUUACUACCAUCACAUAGUCAAAAGAUCGCAAGUGAGCUGAACGCCGCGAUACUAAAGAUGGAGAACCAAGAGUACACCAACCCGAAGCUAUGCAGCCUUCUCCGUAUGAUCCUGUGGUCACAGAACGAGUUGGACAAACAUAACAUCAAGUACACAAAGAUCACUGACCUCGCCAACGCCACCAUAGACAAGCCAAAAUUGUUUGGAGGAUUCCGGCGAUUUUAGGCAUGGCCGGAGCUGUGACCAGCCGCUUCCAGCGCUGGAGACCGCAACGGAAUAAACAGGAAAAUCAAGCUGUAAGACAUAGUAAACUAGCAUUUUUAUCAAUCUUAACAUUAUAGAUGUUUUACGGGUCUGACGAAAAUAAAGUAAUAUUUAUGACGCUAAGUUACUCGUAAAAUUGUAUUUUAAUUUUUAAUAGGGUGAGUUUAGGUAUAACUAAAUAGAUCCUAAUUGUUUCUUAACUUUAUGUGUGCAUAUCUGGAUUUAUUAGUACACCUUAGCGUUUUUAUUUUCACUGCAGAUCCUAUUUGAAUCCAUUGUUGAUUGUAGUAGAGCAGAGUUACUCCACUUCUAACUUGGCUGUAAGUUUUAAAAUUGGACAAAUAAUUUCACAACAAUUUGAAAAAAUCUCCAUAAUUAAGUAUUUUAUAUAUGUAAU